AUCUCUAAUUCCUUUGAAUCCCGAACCAUUUCAACUUCUUCGUAAGACGAGAGAACCUUUUGAGUGUUACAUUAUCGAUGAUUUAAAAAUGAAUUGAUCGUGAGAAAGAAUAUUUGUAAGGAAACAUGAAGUGUAUUAUUAGGUGUUUACAAAUCGUGUUUUUUCUUUCAUUGAACAAAUUAAUCUUUGCUAUUGAGAAACAAUGGAUAGUGGAUUUCGAGUGGAACAACGAAAAAAAUUGGGAUCAUGUACCUGAAAUCGAUGGACACAUUAUUUUCCCACUCGAAACAAGACAUGCCGUUGGUUUAGCUAAGACCGUCAAUUUGAAAUUAUCUAAAAUCGACUUACCAAGAGAAGGUUCCUUAGUGUUAUUCAGAAAUGGUAAAUUAGAGUUUAGCGAAUCGAAAAAUUCAGAAACGAAAAUAUCGAGAUGGUUGAAGGAGGGUAAAUUUUUCUGGGCUGAUCCUGAUAAUUGGAACGGUGUUUCCGAUGCAGCACCACACAUGGAACGAAUACCUUGUAGUCAAGAUAACGUAGUUCUGCCAGGAACAGAUCAAACAUUUAAUAUACAUCUACCAGUUAAAGACAUUCAAGUAGAAUCCAUUAGAUUGUCGAAUCACAAAUAUCCUAGUACAUGGUGGGAUUGGGAGGAGAUGCAAAAGAAAAAAGAAUUUUUAGGUGGUUUUCUUAGCGUCAAAUAUAGUCAAUAUGACUGUCAGAAAUGUUUUUGUCAAGAUGGCUCACAAUACGAUUAUUUCAAAGAGAUAUGUGCUAUUCAAGGCCCUAAAUGUGGUUUUGCAGCUUGUGAAUAUCCAUUGAAGAUCGAAGGACAUUGUUGUCUUUACUGCGGUGGUCGAAUAAUUAUACCAAAAGGAGCUUCGUUAGCAAUGAUUCGAUCUUUAGCUGACGAAGUUCUAGAACAACGCGCAACAAAUCUUGCAUGGUAUGUUAGACGAACAUGGACUGAUAAUAUAGAAAUUCUUCUCAAAGAGAAGAGUGAAUAUACCGGUGUCGAUACUUUGAUAGCGCUAGAGGAUCUACAAACAAAACUUCAUAAUGAAAAUAUCGAAAUAUUGUAUACGGAAAAUCCAGGAGCGCCAUUAAAAGAUUCUCGAUUGGCCACGAUGCUCGGUCCAUUUUUCGGAGCACCCAUAAUCAUUCUUAUUCUUCUAAUCACAGGCUUUUGGUACUUCGAUUAUUCGAUUGGAUAUGUUCUGUCUGAAAUAUCGGGAGCAUGGUCAUCCGUUAAAGAAAAAUCAAAUAAGCCGUUUAGUUUCGCACGUUUUGAGAAUAUCCUUGAGGGUAAUGUGAGAAUCGAGGAUCCUCAAACAAGAAGAGACGAACAUGAGAUGAACGAGGAACUCAUUACGGAAGAGGAGGAGGUGCUGGAUGAAGAGGGUACUUCUGUCGGUGGAAACUUUGAGAAUCCUCUUUACAGAUCAAAAAGAGACAAGAAAUUUAAGAUAGAGGAACGAGAACUCAUCAACGUCGAUCUUCCAUUAAGUCUGACAAGUCUGAAAAACAGAGUGAAAGAUAAUACGGAGGAUGAUGAUGAUAUCGAGAUGGAUAUUGAACAAUAAACUUUUAUCGUUCUUAAUCCACGAACGAAUUCUGUUCUCUCUUUUAAUUCAAUUUAAAAUUAAUUAACUAUCAAAACAUACGAUUAAUCAGAUUCUAUAUGUUCCAAUUGUACAAUAUUUAAGUAAAUAUUCAUUUUUUCGUAUAAAAAUGAGAGAAAGAUAAUGAAGUGAUAUGAUAUUUACAAGAUAAACGUGAUGUAACUAAUAUCAACCUGAUUAUCUCGUUUUUAAUUAUAAAUAUACAAUUUAUAACGGAAAUAUAUUAAAUUCAAUUGAGAAAGAAAGUUAAAAAUAAUUUUAAACAUAUUUACAAAAGAUAUUAGUAAAAAUAUAUUACUGAGCAUAAUCUCUAUUAAAAAAAAAAAGUCAAGAAUAAUCAAACAAUCAAAUUACGAUAUAAUACAUAAUAAAGUUCGCAAAAGGUAUUAAAUGAUUAAGUUAUUACAACAUAAAAGUGUUUGAUUAAAUAUUACUGCAAUAAAAUUUAACUGCAAUAAACAAAUAUAUAUAUAAAGCAAUAAAUAUAGAAGAAAAUAUAGAAGUAAAUUCAACUCAUGUUGAAAUAUCGAAAGAAGGAUGUUCUAUAACGAAAGCGACAACUGCGUAAUUCGUAUUAUCGUGUAUCACACACUCAUUUAUUUCUUAUUGUCAAACAACAUCCAUUUGAAGUUGACGAGCACACGUGUUAACUCGGUCACGUGGCGAAAUAAUAUACCAUUAGGCGCGCAAGCUCUUACAUAUAAAUAUAUAUAUGUAUAUAUAUAUGUAUAUAAUAGGCUUAACGCAGACGAAUAAAACGUACACGUAUUGUACGUACGGAGUUUUCGAUAAAUAUACAUACACAUCGAGCACGCAGUACACAAGGGACUCACAUAAUUUAUUCUCUUAUCUUAUUUCUUUUGACGACAAUCGCACGCCAAUUUGAAAUAACGAUAAGUUAUAAUAUUGUAAAAUAGUAUUUGAAAAAUAAUGAUGAAUAACAGACAACAGUGCGAA